AUGGGGACACAGGCCGCCAUUGUCGCAAUCGGCAAAGAGAUUCAACUCAUUCAGUUGGGGGAUCUCUCGAUCGGUGGAUCCUGCAGACUGCAAGAUCCGAUCGACUCGGUCCAUUCUGAUGCUAUUCGAGAGCUUGCUGUCUCGCCUACCACGAACUCGCACGUGCUGUCCGGCGGUUUCGAUGAAACUGUGGUUUUGACCGAUCUCCGAAACCAAGGAGACCCGAAGUCAGCAGCGGUCAUAAGCAAAUUUGACGCCUCUGACGUGGUGAGCAGCGUUCGUUGGUCGCCUGCUGAUUCCCAUGUGAGCUGGACAACCGAUGGAGGAGACUUCCAAGUUGCGGACACACGAAUUGCCGCGCCACAACUUCAGGUGCCUUUUUACAACUACCUGAAUGUGGGCACGUUGGGGGGGCUCUUUACACACGAAUACCUGAGCAACUUUAAUGUCGCUCUCGGAUUUGAGCGAGGUCACAUCGCUUUUGUUGAUCUCCGUAUGCCACGACAAACUUCUUGCACGUCGCUGAUCGAGUCGAAUUUGACAAGCGUCGGUGAAAUUCAACGUUCCAAGUCCAACAAGUUUGCGAUACUUGGCCUUGGCGGUGUUGUUGUUGCCAGGUUUUCUAGAGCGAGUCUCAAUGGGGCAGCCAGCACCUUGGAGCAAAUCACCCUGUACGUGUAA